AUGUUGAGAGUUCCAAGGAAAUUUUCAGUGAAUGUCCUGAAAGCAUCAAGUUUGUGCAAUAAGUGUAUGUACUGCACAUGGGCAAGAACAAUGGUUGUAAAAAGAUUAAAAUCACAAAAAUGUCAUCAAAGAAAUUACAGCUUUCCACCAGGAGAUGUCAAAUCUUUGCGUUCUAUCAUUACCCCUCCUAUAUCUAAGAUCCGUAACAUUGGCAUCAUGGCUCAUAUCGAUGCAGGGAAAACUACAACCACAGAGAGAAUGUUAUACUAUUCCGGAUACACAAGAGCACUGGGAGAUGUCGAUGAUGGGGACACAGUGACGGAUUUCAUGGCACAAGAGCGAGAACGUGGCAUUACCAUUCAGUCUGCUGCUGUUACUUUUGAUUGGAAGGGCUAUAGAAUCAACCUGAUUGACACACCAGGUCACGUGGACUUUACGGUGGAAGUUGAACGUUCCCUGAGAGUGCUGGAUGGUGCAGUGGCUGUAUUUGAUGCUUCUGCUGGUGUGGAGGCACAGACUCUAACAGUAUGGAGACAAGCAGACAAGCAUCAUAUACCACGAAUUUGUUUUUUAAACAAGAUGGACAAAAAUGGGGCAAGUUUUACUUAUGCUGUUGACAGCAUCAAGCAAAAGUUGAAGACAAAACCUUUGCUUUUACAGUUGCCAAUUGGUGAGGCCAAGACCUUCAAGGGACUGGUUGAUGUAGUGACCAAGGAACAAAUUAUUUGGAACCCUGCUUCUAGUCUGGAUGAUGGAAAAGUUUUUGAGCAAAAACCCCUGAUAGAAACUGAUGAUCCUGAAUUGCUAAAGGAUGUCAGAGAUGCAAGAAAUGCCUUAAUAGAACAAGUUGCAGAUCUGGAUGAUGAAUUUGCUGAGCUGGUUCUAGGAGAUUUUAGUGAAAAUUUUGACUUACUACCAGCUGAUAAGUUACAGUCUGCUGUACGUAGAGUAACGCUGGCACAGAAAGCAGUACCUGUAUUCUGUGGAAGCGCAUUGAAGAAUAAAGGAGUACAGCCUUUACUGGACGCCGUUACUAUGUACUUACCUGCACCUAAUGAGCGUUCCUAUGACUUUCUGCCGUGGUACAAAGAUGACUUGUGUGCCCUGGCAUUUAAAGUUCUUCAUGAUAAACAACGUGGGCCAUUAGUUUUUAUACGCAUUUACUCAGGCACAAUGAAACCUCAAUCAGCUGUAUAUAACAUCAACAAAAAUUGCACAGAGAGAAUGAGUCGCCUUCUGCUGCCUUUUGCUGACCAGCAAAUAGAAAUACCUUCACUAAUGCCUGGCAAUAUUGCCCUUACUGUUGGGCUAAAACAGAGUGCCACUGGAGACACCAUUGUUUCAUCAAAGGCCUCUGCUGUGGCUGCAGCCCGUCGAGCUGGAAGAGAGGUUGGGAGAAAGCCUGGCUGUAACAGUGAAGUAGAGAGCCUUUUGUUAGCUGGCGUAGAGAUCCCCGAGCCGGUCUUCUUUUGUACAAUAGAACCACCUUCGAUGUCCAAACAGCCAGACUUGGAUAAUGCAUUGAACUGCCUUCAGCGUGAAGAUCCAAGUUUGAAAGUGAAGAUAGAUCCCGACACUGGACAAACUAUUCUCUGUGGCAUGGGAGAGCUCCACAUUGAGAUUAUUCAUGACCGAAUCAAACGGGAAUAUGGCAUUGAGACCUAUCUAGGACCUCUUCAGAUAGCAUAUAGAGAAACCAUCCUAGACUCGGUCCAAGCCACAGAUACGUUGGACAGAAUGAUAGGAGAUAAACGGCAUUUGGUGACCACUCAGCUGGGAGUAAGACCAUGGAUAGGAGAGAGAUCAUCAGUAACACCAGUCAUUGAAUAUGCUGAUAAUUUCAUGGAACCACUUCAGAAAGACAUUCAAGAAGCUAUAGAAAAUGGAAUUAAUAGUGCAUAUCUUCAAGGACCACUCCUGGGAUUCCCAGUUCAGGAUGUAGCAGUGACUGUGUAUUCCAUGACCAUGCACUCUGAAACUUCCCUUACUAUGAUUUCUGCUUGUGUUUCUCGUUGUAUGCAAAAGGCUUUGAAGAAAGCCAGUAAACAACUGCUGGAACCCUUAAUGAAUCUGGAAAUUACAAUGAGUGAAGAUCUUCUUAGCGCAGUGCUUGGUGACCUUGCGCAGAGGAGAGGCAGCAUUCAGGAAAUCCAAAGUCGUCAAGAUAACAAAGUAGUGGUUGCAGCUGUUCCCCUAGCAGAAAUGAUGGGUUACUCAACAGCUCUGCGCUCUUUAACAUCAGGCUCAGCAACUUUUACUUUGGAACUAGCCAGUUACCAAGCCAUGAACAUUCAGGAGCAAAACGCACUGCUUCAGAAGAGGAGUGGGUUGGUGUGACCACUUUACUCCAUGGGAGAGC